UCUUCUGGGCAUCUUUCAGACCCUGCCAAAACCUUACAAAAGAGGUAAUUAGCACCAAUCACCCUCACAAACCAGCUCACUGUGGCAAACACGCACCAAUACCAGAGCGUGAGCCUCGUCCUCUGUAAGCAACGGUGACCCCUACGUACCCAGAAACCUUGUCUGCCAAGCAAAAUAAAAACCCUACCACUGUUCCUCUCUCUCUCUCUCUCCCAACAAAACCCACUCUUAAUCCCUUCUCUCUUCCAUCAAAACCUGUGAAGCAAAGCAAAGAUGAAGAUAAAGAAGAAAGGUAAAGUAUACCCAUCUCCAUCAUCAUCAUCAUCAUCAUCUUCAUCUUUUUCUUCCUCUUCUGCUGGGACUCAGUGCCCUUCCGAUGGAGAUUUUCUCGCCGUGUUGAAGCUCCUACCGGCGGCGAUUCUGGCUCUAGCCUCUGUGCUCUCCCUGGAAGACCGUGAAGUCCUGGCCUACAUGGUUACAUGGUCGAUGAAACCAACAAAUCCUUCUCCGAUUACCCACAAGAGAAAGCCGCCCCAGAAAAAGUUUUCUCCGAACAACAACACCCACAAGCCGGUGUUCGAUUGUGACUGCUUCGCUUGCUACAUGAGCUACUGGUUGCGGUGGGACUCCUCGCCCAACCGCGAGCUCAUCCACCAGGCCAUCGAGGCCUUCGAGGACCACUUGGCCCACGGCGAGCAGUCAAAGAAGGUCAACGGCCGAGGCAAGCGCAGGGAAAAACCCACGAACCGCCGUGUGCCGGAAAAACCCUCCGAUUUCUCGGAGACUCCGGUGUUGCCAGCGGAGACCGAGGAAAGUUCACCUUUUUCUGUGACUUCGCCGGAG